AGAUUACAAAAUUUACAAUGAUUAUGGCAUAACUCAUUUUUUCAUAGCUGUCCUAAUUAAUAAUAAGCUCUAUUUAAUUUAAUUUGCUUAACAAAAUAAACGAAGUCGAGUAUACCAAUCACCAAUGGCGCUGAGGCGAAUAUGUGACGUCAUAACUCAUAAACUGAGUUCGAGUUUAAGCGUUGAAAAGCUUUCUGCGCAUGCUCGGCGUACAUUUUUCGUACCUUACACUUACCUCACCUCACCGAGUCCCUAGUGUUUCUCCAGUCCUUAACUUAGGAAAGUUUUUGUAAACGUCUUCAAGAUCUAGACUAUCAUUUUCGAUCAACAAACUCCUGAUCUUUAAUCGCUGAGAAAAAAGACUGAUCAAGAGUAAGAUAGAAGAACGAAAUGUGCAUUCUCGAGAAUGCAUUCAAGCCAUUCUAAGAUCAUUGCACCAACAACCUCUAACAAUCUCUCUACUAAGUUUUACAUUUUUGCUUGAAGUGUGUUCAUUGAUUCGCAACAUUUAUAUGAGAUGGGUAAUGAUGGAAAGGUAGGUGAAACUAACAGUGGAGAGGUUGUUAAUGGGUGUCGGGGCUGUAGGGAUCUCAGCGAUAUUGUACCACUCUACACUACACGAGGAAUUUAUUUAAAACCAAUAGCUAAAAUCCAUGUGUCCAUUAAUCUUCCACAAUUAAAGACUCCAGGAAAAUCAAUAUCGACAUGGGAGGUAAUGGAGAAGAUACGUCUAUUGAUACGGCCAGACGAGUUUGCUUCUCUGAAGGUCGUCAAGAGCACAUUAGAGUUCAUCAGAUUCGAAGGGGACCUCGGCGACAGAUCCAGGCUUCAGCGAGUUCUGGCGAGACUCGACGCGCAGCGCCUGAACCUGGCGGGGUUCCCAAACGUCUUAAAGGUGAAGGCUGCAGAGGUGAAGGAUGAUUUUCCAUCAAGACAUUCCUGGGACUCUUACUUUCGUGAUGCAAAGCAUAUGAAUGAACUGAAAGCAGGUGAAAGGCCUGACACAAUCCAUAUCUGUGGUCUUCCUGUCAAAUGGUUCAGUGAAGAUGAUGGGAAAACUCCUAGUGAGCCAAUGAUUACUAAAGUUUUCAAAAGAUGGGGUACAAUUAGAAGAGUUGAUGUUCCUGCAGCUGAUCCUUAUAGGUCAAGAAUGAGGCUUGGAACAAGUAUACAAAAAUUUAGUUAUGAGGAUGGUAUUUUUUUUGAUGCAUAUAUUCAAUAUGUUGAAUAUAUGGAUUUUGUCAAAGCAAUGGAUGCAUUGAGAGGCAUGAAGCUUCUAAAAAAAGAUAAAGAAAAAAAUCAUCUCGUUGCUUCUGUAGAGGUUGAUUUUGAUAAAACAAAGCAUAUGAGUGAUAGCUCAGUAUCUAAUAGGGAUUUUGAGAGAAAAAGACUUAUAGCGCAAGAUAAUAUGGCGGCUGAAAAAUUACGCCGCAAAGAAGAAGCAGAAGCUAAAAAAAGAGAAGAAAUGAGAAAAAAGGAAGAAGCAGAUUUGAAAAGUAAAGAGUCCAGGCGACGAACGCGGGAAGAAAAACGAAAACGUAAAGCUUUAACUGUUUUUCGCAAACAAGAGGAAGAUAAAGUUUCACUCAAAAUAGCUAGAGAAGAGAGAAAGCUUAUUAAAGCUCAAAGACAAUUAGAAAGUAUAAGAUUACUAGAUGCAUUAUUUGAUAGAAUUAAGAUUAAAGUAGAAAAAAAUGAGAUUGAUAUAAAAUCUAAAACUGUUGACGAUAAAAAAGACGAAAAGCCAGAAGAAAAGAUUGACGGUGAUUCCAAAGAAAAUGUAAAUGAUUCUAAAAAAAAAGAUAAAAAAGAUAAGAAAACGAAAAAGAAGAAAAAAGAAAAGAAAAAGAAGAAGUUAAAAACAUCCGACAAAAAAUCCGAAGAUUCAGAAAGUAACAAAAAAAAGUUAAAAAGUAUCACUGGAAAAGCCGUCAAGAAUUCUUCGAAAGAUUCACAGUUGCCUUAUUCAGCGGAUGUCUACUCUGGUCUACCACCUCAGGCAUGGUACUACAAUAACCCGGUACCUCUACUUUACCAGCCGGUUCGUGGGUUUUCACGUGGUCGAGGGCGUGGUGGUGGACGAGGUCGAGGAAGGUACCGCAAAGCUGACUCGUACCAGCAUUACGACCCUCAAGAGUACAAUGAACAAUAUUAUAAGUACUUCGCAAGUCUUGUUGGCCAGGAUUAUCGUGAAUUCCUUGGAAGCGAUCGUGAAUAUAGUAGGUCACGAUCGCGCUCAAGAACUCGUCGAAGGUCACGAUCGCGAAAAAGGCAUAGUAGCAGGUCAAAAUCUAGAUCGAGAAAGACUACGAAUACGACAUCCAAGAUUAGAACAAAAUCGAGGUCAAAGACAAGGUCUCGUUCGAGAUCACGGGGUCGAUCCCGAUCGAGACAGCGCAAUACUCGACGACCUCACAAACGACGCCGUGACAGCUCCAAUAUUCGCGUGACUCGAGCAAAAUCACGAACUACGUCAUCAAACGGACGAAAAUCUCGAAGUAGUUCGUGGUCUCUGCCAAAGUCUUCUGAGAGACGUAGAAGCUGCUCGUGGUCAAAAAAUGUUGAUAAGAAAACUGACAAAGCUGGCGAAGAGCAGUCGCAUACUCCGCCUCUGAAGUUAAUCGACACCAUCGAGAAUAAUUCCGUCAAGCCGGGAAAGUGUUAAGUGCAAAUUAGGCCCCUUUCUGAGGCCGUGACUAAUUAAUUUCUUUUCGUGAUACCGCGAGAAUGAUGAUUCGUACAUGAACAUGGUGCAACAUACUGCAAUUUGUACAAUGUUAUAGUCAACAAUAUUUUUUUCAUAUCUAAU